CAGCUACAGCAAUAGUUGCUAUUUUGCACAUUGGCACGAGAGCAGUACGAGCUUGAUAAAAUGAAGGAUAUCGUCCAUGAAGAAAUAAAGGAUGAAAUAAAUUCUUAAUUUAUGAAUGUGUUUACAACAAUAGCAUAUCAAUGUUUGGCUGAUGAUAAUGCCCAACGCCCACUAAUGACCAAGGUCGUGAGAGACCUUGAGAAUUCGCUGCGAUUUCAAGAAAACAAAAAGGUCAUUAUCGAGGGAGAGCUUGUUAGUGUCAAACCUCAAAAGCUUCUUUUCCAAUUUGAAUUGAUGAAGGAAAUCUCAGCUAUGAUGCAACUAGAGAACAGAACAUAUGAUCACGUCGCGUUUAAGUUUCAGGUGAAAAGUACAAGACCGAAUACAUAUGCUGCUCUGCCCCAUGUCGGGAUUUUGUUGCCUCAAUCUACUCGCCAAAUCAAAUUUACAAUGCAACCUCAAAAGGAAGAUCCAAAUCAUGAAAUGGGAUGCAAGGAUAAAUUUAUGGUACAAAGUGCAGUUGUAAGUCCAGGAUUUGCAGAAGAAGAUAUUACUCGAGAGCUGUUUAAGAAGGAAUCAGGUUAUCAAGUAGGGGAAUGCGAAAUAGAUGUUUGUUUUGUUGCUCCUAAACAACAAUUGCUACGACUAAUAGAAACCCCCAAAGAGGAUGUCCUUCCAACGACUUCAAUGUCUGAUGCUUCGAUAGUGAAUUUAAGCUACUCUAAUACUUCAAUCUCCGAUGCCUGGACAGUAAAUUUGAGCAACUCCAAUGCUUUAAGUGAGAAUUCAUUCAAUGCUCACAUUCAAGAAAACUGUAAGGGCAAGCUUCUUAGUAUCGAACCCCACGAGCUUCAAUUUCCAUUUGAAUUGAUGGAGAAGAUCACAAUUUCCCUGCAGCUAAAGAAUAAAACUGACUGUCCUGUAGCAUUUAAGGUGAGAACUACGAAACCAAAUAAGUAUGCUGCCAAUCCACCUGCUGGAGUUUUGGCGCCCAAGUCUACUAAAGAUGUUUCAUUUACAAUGCAAGCUCAAGAGGAGGCACCUCAAAACAUGAAAUGCGAUGAUAAGUGUUUGCUUCAAAGUGCAGUAGUUAGUACCGGAUUCCUGCCAAAAGAUAUCACUACAGAGCUGUUUAACAAAAAAUCAGGUAAUCAAGUGGAGGAAUGCAAAUUAACCAUUAAAUAUGUUUCUCCACAUCAACCACCGUCAUCAGUAAGAGAAGCUCGAAAGAAGGUCUUCUCUAGAUGUGCCAAUAUCCGACCCAUCCGUGAUGAUGAGGAUACUUUUCAUAGCAUUUGAAGAACCACAUCUAAAAAUGUCAUCAUCAUAGGCUAUUUCUGAAUCACCUCUUGUAUUUUAGCUACAC